AUGAGUGGGUUGACACAUGGCCCUACUGAAGCCGCCGAACCACCCACUCCCUUUCCCGCGAUCGAGGACGAACUUAGCAGCCACGAGGAAGAAAGGACAGAGGACAAGAAGGCGAGAAGGCGAGGUGAAGCGGCGCCGAUUCACAAGAGAUCUGUUUCUGGAAACAUCCUGUCGCGGUUACCAUUCAUCCGUUCAAACAGCAGCGACAAAGUCAAAGGCAAUGCUGCCGAAGGCGAUCGCCCAGAAUCCCAGCACCUCGGAAGGGGGGCUAUGGCAGAGGCACAAGGUCAAGUGAAGCGAAGAAGGAAGGGGUCUCUGCGGAAGACGGUGUUGGGCAAGGGAAGAGACAGAAAGAAUUCUGAUGUGAAGAAGUCUCCGCUGUCGAGUGCCGACGCCCCUACAGGACCGACGCCAGAUGAAGAAGGGUCACCACCGACCCCUCGAGCCAUCCAGGAGAUAUCUAGUCCUGUAUCCCCGGACUCUCCACCAUCAUGGCCCUUCCGAACCCUUUCCCGUGUCUCCAUUCCCUCGAUCCGCAGCAGCAUUGCCUCUGUCGAUCCCGCCUCGUCUGUGGCCUCUAUCACGAGCCCGACAAUGGCACCAACCGACGCCUCGACCGACGAUGAAGACCUGGUGCUCCCGCCGAUGCCCUCGCUGCGGAAAUUGCCUUCAUCGGUGUCUUCUCUGGGCGAAUCCUACAUUCCCCUCCAAGAUCCCAUGCGUCGCAUGUUUGGUUCUCGCGCUCGGUCACCGCUGGCCACUCAACCCCAAUCCGUCGCCGGUACAUCCUCGGAGGAUGAAGGCUGGGAUUAUUCUGAGACUGCCUGCUGGGGGUAUGUGAUACUGAUUGUCACUUGGAUUGUUUUCGUUGUGGGAAUGGGCUCCUGCUUCGGGGUGUGGUCCUGGGCAUGGGACGUGGGAGAAACACCGUACGCGCCUCCAGAACUGGAAGACGAUCCAACCUUACCGAUUGUGGGCUACUAUCCUGCUUUGCUGGUUCUGACAUGCGUGAUGGCCUGGGUCUGGGUUGUCGUAGCCUGGGUGGGCAUGAAAUAUUUCAGACAUGCGGACUUCAAGGGUGACGAUGGAUGA